UAAUAAACUGACCUUUGAACUUUUCCAAGAUCCGAUCUGAGAGCUAGAGCUAGAGAUGAAGCUGAGGGAAUUUCUGGUUUACCUGUUCAUGUGCAACUCUCUGCACAAGAUCACACUAGCACAAGAUGCAUCCUUUGCACUGGAUGGGGGAACACAGUAUGAGAUAGCAUGGAUGACCAGAGAUGAGCUGCCGGUAGCCACAGACCCCAAGAGCGAUGAUGAACCGACUCAGCUGCUACCCAAUAUGCUAUUAGAGGAGGGUCAGUGGACAGAGGAGGUUAUGAUGAUCAAGACUGCUAGUAAUGAGGAGUAUAAGUGUCUCCUGCCAAGCUCUGCUGUGGACGGAAGCAAUGAGGCUAAAUCAGAUGAAGAGGCACCAGAGCUGACACCCGAGUAUCUGUUGCGCCCACUGCAACACCAGUGUACACGAUUGCUGAUGGGGUAUUGGAACUACGAGCUUUGCCAUGGAGACUACCUAAGACAAUACCAUGAAGAAAAGCUUGAAGAUGGCCAGGUCAAAAUUGACGAGUACCUACUAGGAGAUGACCUCACUGACACACCCACUCAGACCCCGUCAUCCCAAGACGAAGCUAAGAUUCCCGUCUGGCCGGUGCAUGGACGGGAGUACCCGUACUACUCUGUGGAGAUGGGAGGGGGAACCCCCUGUGAUAUCAAGGAUGGCAAACCUAGAGGCGUGGUCAUUCGUUAUAUCUGCGACCAAGAAGCUUACAAGUAUGGCUCGCUGCUCCGUGUGGAUGAGUCUACUUCAUGCAUGUACGACGCUCUAGUCUCUACUCCACAACUCUGUCAAAACUCUCGCUAUCGUCUGCGUGAGAGCAUCAUACAACCAAUCAAAUGCUUCCCACAAGAAAACUCUCCAAGACGCCCUAAGGCACUAUUUGAACAUGAAAUGUUGUCUGCCGGCUUUAAGGACACCAGUAGAAAAGCCACUACAACAGAUCCUUUGGGGUCAGAGGUCAGUGAGGGAUUGGCACAAUCAGAGUCAAAGGCCAACCAAAAGGGAAAAUCCGUAAAGAGGGUUGGAAGUUCAAAGGUGUUCGAGCUGGACAAGGGAUACAUCAUCAGCAUUCUUAAUGGAGAGAUGUGUCUCAGAGGGGGUGCUGGUUGGUGGCUUCACGAGGUGUGUUACGGACAGCAUGUGAAACAGUUGCACAUAGAGCAGACGGGGGAGAGGACGGAGGUGAUGUUGGGGCUCUGGGACAAAGACGCUCACCAGAAGUGGUUCAAAAAGACAGGGAGCAAGAAGCUUUCUAAAGUCCAGGUGGUUCACUUAUAUAGAGGAGGGGAUUCGUGUGAUGUCAUUGGAACACCACGUCAGUGUCAAGUCAAAUACAAGUGUGUCAAGACGGCCAAGUCAAGUCAGAUAUCACUAUACCUCGAGGAGCCCGCUACCUGUAGCUAUACUCUAACAGUGGAGGGAGCUUUUGUGUGCACUCUACUAGAUCAUUUAGACGAGCAUGGAGUUUUUGAUAAGGCCAGUUUUGAGGCAACAAGCGACAAAACUGAAAUUCAAAAGAGCGAAGUGAAUGACGAGUUGAUUGUCAGUGAGACAGCAAAGAAUGAAGUUGAAGAAAAUAAAGAUGAUAUCGCUAAAGACAGUGGGAGCAGCUCAAAGGAAGACAGGUCACAAAGUCAGGAGAAGCCCAUUGAUGGUCAGAAAGGACAAAGAAACUGAUACGAUGAUGUAGGACAAUAUAUAUAUAUAUAUAGGCUAUCAGUUUCAUUUUAAUUGACUUGAUCCCAAUCAUCCCGUACACUUCAUUCACAAUAGUUAUAUGAAUAUAAUUAUACUAACCAAAUGGCUCUUUGUGCAAAUGAAUAUUUCACAAUGAA